AAUGAUCUCAUCAGUCUAAUUUAAAUACUUUGAGAGUACGGAACAUCCACUACUAAAUAAUUCGAAAAAUAGUGUGUGCGAUUAACUUAUCGGGAUUUAAAAAAAAAAAGAAUUUAAAGAGAAACGGAGCGAAGUACAAACAACAUUAAACCGAUUCAAAAUAUAAAUCAAGGGCAAAUGUGUAGACAGCAGUUUUAAGUUUUUGUUAUUGCAGUCGUCAUUCAUCAUCAUACAACCAACAACAUCCUCUCGGCACUCUACGUCAACAUUUAGCGUUUAAAACAAUUAUUAUACCCAUUUUAUAUAAAGAUGUCACGAACCGUCAGAUUUUCUUGUUACAGAUAUUUCAAAGUAAUCUAUAUUGUUGCCGGAAUUCUAUUGAGUAACGAGGACAUUUGUGAAACAGUAGAUCAAAUCCAAAUAGCACCACGUGUUGAAAUGAAAGAAAAAAUUAGUCAUCAGCAGACAACGAAAAAGGUGCAACGUCUUGCAGUAAGCGAGAAAAAAUCGGCACUCAGCAGCAGUUGGUAUCACAAAUUCAAUGUAUUUCGUAUGUUAAAUCGAAUUAAGAGUCGCAUACGGCCCCAAUGGAGCGCCUUUAGUGUGUGGACCAUACCCAACUACUUUAUACAGUGUUCGUCGAAUUUACUCUAUCGUACGUUUGUUAUAAACAGUGACUGUGAUUUAAUUUAUAAAUAAAAUUAAAGUAAAUUUUAAAAAUUAAAAUUAUAAAACGAUUUCCUGUAGUUAAAUAACAAAAACUCAAUACUCAGCUAGACGUUUACGAAGCAUUUAAUAAUUUGUUUGUGUUUUCUUUUUUUUUUUUGAUUUAAGCAAUUUAAAUAGAAUAUGACUUGUUAUUAAUUAAUUUUUAAGACAUUAACAAUUAGAAUACUUAAAUAAAAGUGGCUUUAGUAAUGUUAAAA